AAUGCCAGACCUUGACCUCCUCGCCAGAGUUUUGCAAGUGGAGGGUUACCAUCUCAGAAGUUACUGGGCCUCCGUCCACCAUUAGUGGCAACCAUAACGGAAAAAGCCAUUCACUGAAGUUGGACUCAAGCAGCUGUCUUGUAAACUUUGCCUGCAUCUCAGCACAAUCAGAGAGCCUGUAGGUAAGCCUGUUUCCUCAGGGCCUCAGCAUGCAGCUCCUGACGCACGCAGAGCCUGUCGACAUACGGACCCGUUCAGGGAGUGUGGAUGGAGCCCCCAGGGUGGAGCAGACCUCCUGAGGACACACUACUUACCCGUUGCUGUCCACAUGAGCCACAUGUUUAAGCCGUGGCAAUGCUCCCCAUGUCUGUCCCUGUACACUGUGGGACCUUGACCUGGUGGACCAGGGGCUUCUGAAAUGUGUAAAAGUGGUGGGGCUCCCCUUCAACUCGGGUCAGUCAUACGAGAUCAAAGUGAAAUGAGACACGUUGUCCUGUUGUGUAAAGCCUCACCUAGAGCUGAUUUAUGCUAGUCCACAUAAGUACAUGUGAAAGUUCAAAGUGAUGAGUUCAUUUAAAUUGUGUCUUCUUUCUACCUCUGCACUUACUGAGCAUCGAGGGAUGCACUGUGAUACUGAGCUGUGUCAUUCUCAUCGUGUAGAAUGGGGACUGCAUUUCCCAUCAGCCAAUGGCGAGUACCAAUCUCCCAUUAACUUGAACUCCAGGGAGGCCGAGUACGACCCGUCCCUGCUGGACGCCGGUUUAUCACCUAACUACGUGGUGUGUCGAGAAUGCGAAGUCAUCAACGACGGACACACCGUCCGCAUCAUCCUCAAGUCCAAGUCAGUGGUUUCUGGCGGUCCGUUGCCUAGUGAUCAUGAAUAUGAGCUUCACGAGGUUCGUUUCCACUGGGGCAAGGAGAACCAGAGAGGAUCCGAGCACACUGUCAACUUCAAGGCUUUCCCUAUGGAGCUCCAUCUGAUUCACUGGAACAGCACCCUGUUCAAUACUUUGGAGGAUGCUCUUGGGAAGAAGAACGGAGUCCUCACCAUUGCUCUCUUCGUGCAGAUUGGUAAGGAGCAUCUGGGUCUAAAGGCCGUCACUGAAGUUCUGCAGGACCUGCAGUACAAGGGAAAAAACAAGAUAAUCCCCUGCUUCAACCCCAACACUCUAUUACCUGACCCUCUACUGAGAGACUACUGGGUGUACGAAGGGUCGCUGACCACACCACCUUGUAGUGAAAGAGUGACCUGGAUCCUCUACCGCUACCCUCUCACCAUCUCACAAUCACAGAUCGAGGAGUUUCGGAGACUGCGGUCCCAUGUCAAAGGGGCGGAGCUACUUGAAGGGAACGAUGGGAUGUUGGGAGACAACUUCCGUCCUACCCAGCCGCUCAGUGACCGGACGGUCCGCGCAGCCUUCCAGUGACUCUCGCUUCCCCCUGCUAACUAACAGAACAACUGUGGCACCCACAGAUACGAGCACAGAAGGUAACAGUGUCACAGCCAAUUCCACUCCGUCCUGUUUUCAACAUGCAGUUUGAAUGCACCAAUAAAUGUCAGCUCAACAUGCUCUCUGCUGCUUAGCGCUCCAUUAUGUUGAGCAGCUCAAGCAGCGUAGGUUUGCUUUAAUUUUUUAAUACAAAACACUUAUUAGUGCAGCUUUAAUUUAGCACCUAAAUGAGAAAGAUCUUACUGUAUAAAAUAAAUUGAUAAGUGAAUAAACACACUGUUCUCCAUCA